AAAGCAGUUUGUUACAUGAGACCUUUUGUGACGAAAGGCAGUUUGGUUGUAGAAAAAGAGCAUGAUCACAAAAUGUGAAACACAUGAGCAGAAGGAAAGGGUUGAAGUUGAAACACUGCACUUUAACUUUUUGCUACUCGACCAGAUAACGUCGCACACCAGGCAAAAGCAAAAAUAUAACAAAAUCACGUCCAGUAGUAAAAGCACAACAAAAAAUGAAAGGAUGUGACGGAUAUAAUUGUUGAGAGUUUUUGGUACAUAUUUAAUAAUUAAUUAUCGAGAGUUCCAAAUAUUUAUUACAGUUUGCAGUUUGAGUGAUGCUGGUGAAAGAGAGAAAAGUUUUUUUUGGAAACGAUUCAUUUUUUUUAAUUUUUAUUUAACCGUGAUUUACUGAUUUAUUUUGAUUUGUAAGUGUGGAAAACUUAUUUUUGGACGGUUUUUGAUGAUUAUAUCGAACGUUGAAGGUCGUUUAUCGUAAAUUGGAGGACGGAAGUUUUUUUGUAAACGAGAUGAUUUUUUCGGAAUUUUAAUUCUUGACAAAUUUCUAUUUAUUUAGUUUUGGAUAUGAGGAAAAGUCAAAGAAUUUAUUUUGUGGCUAAUAAAUAAACAAAUAGUUUUCAAUCAGGUGAAAAAAGUUGAUAAUUGACAAGCAAUUAGUUAUUCAGUUAAUUGUGUGUCUCUGAACUGGAGAAUCAGUUCCUGACCGUUUAUCUUCUGGAUUUAUAACUUUAAUAAGUAUCGUGUUGACCAAAUGACAAUAAAAUGGUGACCGUGUCAUCUUGAGUUCUUAUAGUGAAACAUUUUUUGACCUCAUUUAUCCACAAUGUGUCACUCCUUCGGCGUCCUUACCCUACUUAUCAUCUCAACGUCAACCUUGACCUCUGCGACUUUAUCUGUCAUAUCAGAAAAGACGAAUGAAACAGUAUUUUCCACCGAGGAGGCUGGAAUCGACAGUGCGUCCGCGUAUAAAUUGAGCGGUCGCCUCGUCUUGGCGACGCCGCUCGAUGCCUGUCACACUGUCGACGCUCCCCCUCCAAUCGACCCGUCCUCGUCCGCCCCACAUUCCUACAUUCUCUUGGCCACGGUCGGCCCCACUUCCGGAAACGAUCAAGGAGGUGACUGUUCUUUAGCGAGGAAGGCAAAAAUUGCUCAGGCUGCUGGAUAUGCGGGAAUUGUCCUUCGUCGAACAGGGUCCAACGACUCGGGCGGCGUAAUUCCACAAUUCAUCGGAUUGGACUGGCUGGGCGUCAGGAUUUACGCGUGUGUCGUGGGGGAUGCAGUUGGAGCAUUUUUAAUGCAAAACUACGCCUAUCCCAGCAGAUUUUACGUCAGAUUUGAAAACGAACCCUACUACCCGAUCGGACUUUUAACGAAUUUUGUAGUGAUUGGAAUCCUUGCCAUUUUAACGGUCCUCCUCCUCCUCAAAUUAUUCCACUACUUGUACUUUUCUGUGACUACGCGUGUAGUGGAACGGCGCCGGAUCAGGAAAACCCUUUUAUCUACGGCGCAGUUGGGGAAGCUUCCAGUUCUUCGUUGGUCCCCCACCAUUCCGCAAGACACGUGCUCCAUUUGCAUCGAACUGUUCGAAGCUGAAGACGAAAUCCGAGUCCUUCCUUGCUCGCACGUAUUUCACAAAGUCUGCAUUGAUCCCUGGCUGUUGAAGGAGUCUCGUAAAUGUCCCAACUGCAAGGGUCGCGUUCUCUUUCCGAACGAGCGGUCCUACACGUACUCCUCCGACUCUGAAGACGUCGACGAAUCUGAAGGAGACGAACGAACGCCACUCCUCCGCCCCCGAGAAAACUAUCGCUUUAUUGAAACCUUAACGGAAUCUCACAACUCGCGCACGCUCGCCUCCCAGCAAGACUCGUACCACCAAUACCUCCAAGAAGACGACCCCCUCGACGAAGAGAACAAUCCCCCUCCACCACCACCAAGGAGAAAAUCCAGCACCAAAGUCUCCUUCGCUCCGGCCGUGUCCGUCCUCUCGUCCACCAUGUCGGACUCGUCCAACAGCAGUUUUGGCAGCGGUUCAGGGAACCAUCACCCGGCAAGGAAACCAAGUACGGCGGACGCUAUAAAGAGAGCCUUCGUGCUCCCGAUGGGCCCUAGAGCGAACCCUUCUCCGAAAAAGUCCAUGCUAAAAAGUCCCCUGAGAGGAUUAGUCAUCAAUCAGAAUGAGCCAGCAGGGAGCAGUUCGUCUCAUUCUGGUAGCAAUCUUCCUCCCCAGAUCGAGCUUAUUCUUCAAAUUCAUCCCUCUCCGAGUACCACGACGACUCAACAGCACCUCGCAGAUAACCUGUCCCCUUGCUCUUCAACCUCUUCCUCGGAUCAGACGUUGAUAGAUUUUUACGACAUUAAUCCCGAACAGGAGGAAAGUCGUCCUCUCGCCGCAGCAGAAGCGUCGACGUCGUGUGCAAGUUUGUCCGCGUCGUGUGCUAGUUUCCACUCGUGCGAAGGUUUCGAGUCUGAAUACCCUUCUUUCGACGGGACGGGAGGCUCCAAGGGGUGUGCGAAUUAUGGGAGUUUUCAAUCCUCAACGUCCUCCUCGUCGGGAUCGUAUCACGCUUAACUUAAUAUUACAAUUAAGGAUUUAAAGUCAUUAAAUACUAAUUCGUUAAGUUCUCAGUCGUUAUAUUGUGAAUUUCGGGCACAUUCCUUAAGUUUUCCUGUAACUUUUUUUUAAAGGCUGAUUUUUUUUUAAAUGACUGAAGAGAUGGUUUGAUUUUAUGGUGUAAUUUUGCAUGUAAAUUAUCAAGUCCAACUUUUUUGAUGUAUUUAUCUCUUCUUUUAAUCGGUAAAAAAUUGUGUACUAUGUAAAUAACUAACAAUAUUGUGAAGUUUAUCAUUUCAAUAGUUUGUAAUUUAGUAUUUUGUGUUUGAAGGCGUCGCUGAUGGAUGGUAUGAAUCAAGUAAAUAUUUAUUACAACAAUGCAAAAAAUGAUGCAAAAUAAUAAUGCAAAUAAUGUACAAUUUUAUACCAGUAUGUUAAGCAUUUCAGAAUAAAAAGAACUGUCCACAUCAUGGACAUCAAUAUUUUAUUAAUCGACUUUAUGUACAUAAUUAUGUACUAGAAAAUAAGACUAUUUGUGUAACAAAGUAAAUUAAUGAAAUUAAUUUCGUAUACAUGAAGUAUUUAUUGUGUCGCAUUCCAAAAUAUUGUAAAAACCAAACACAUCACGAUUAUUAAUAAUUGCGUGACAUUAAAAAACAGACGGUGCAAGAAAUAAAUUCCCAUUUAAAUGCUUACAAACAA